AUAAUGACGGAGCUUGUUGUAUGUAGUGCAGAAGCAUGUGCAGAAGUAAACAUGGACAUGAACACUGUUAUUCCUGCUGGCCUGAAUCAAAUUAGUUGGACAAGAUCAGAUGUUAAGAAGAAAACGUCCGUGCAAAAUGAGUCGAGCGUCCUUUUCUCAGACUCCAAGGCAUACGGCGAGUGGACUGAUUACCGAAGUCGAAGUGGUUUUUCCACGAAUGACGAGGCCAUGAUGCACUUGCUUUCAGUGCAUUCCACUGACCAUACUGACAUUGUCAUUGACAGUGGAAGGAAAGAAUGUAAAAUUUGUAGCUUCGAUAAACUAUUACUUAAUGGUCACAACUCAUUGCAAGGUCUCAGUGACAAGUUCAAGACUUCCGUUCACUGUGACCCUCUCCAGAGUCCAACUUGCGAAGUUGAACCUUCCCAGAGUUUGACAAGCCAUGACAGUCUUACUGGCCAACUUUCAACCAGCCAAAACUCUUACCAACAUGGUGACAUUGACACAAUUUCUAGUUCUACCCUCACACUCGCCAGUCAAGAUGAAGAUUCUUCCAGCUCCCGUCACAUCCAGCCUUUCCAUGGAUCAGAUGAUCAGCCCAAAGAAAACAAUAUAAACAGAGAAAUAUCCCCAACCCUUGAUGUACAGAAUUCUCAAGUUCCAGCAUUGGACUCUACCGAACGUCCAGUUCAAAGAAGAAAUUGUGCUUUGAGAGAGGUGCAUCAGAAUAUAAAAGAGAGCUGCAGUUUCAAUGGAAAAAUACGUAGGCCUAUACAUACUUGGUGUAAGCAGCAAAAGUGGUCGUCGAGAAGUCGGGUAGAAAUUAUACAUGGAUCAAAACAGUCCCUUGUCUGUAAGCAUUGUUGCUACAGAUCUACCAGGCCUAUUUUUUUGAGGCACCAUUACCUUUGGUCACAUCCUAGAAUGAUAUCUGACCUUGACAUUAUUUUGGGACGUAGGAAGUUUGUCCAGUCAAAGGAGUGUACAACCAAUUUGUUAAAUACAAAACGCAGCUCCAACACUUCUGAAGAAGGUCCUAGGAUGCUGAAGCCUGAAGAAGGUCCUGGUAUGCUGACGCCUGAAGAAGGUCCUAGUAUGCUGAAGCCUAUAAUCCCUAAGGGUAUACCAGAAUCUCUUGUGGCGAUCGAACAUGAAAAUGAGGUCUCCAAAGGGACAACUGUUGAAUUGUCUAGUGAUGGAAGCAGCUGCAAACCAGCAGGUCUAUCUCUGUCAGAGUCUCAUCCUGAAGAUGCAUCCAAACAAGAGUACAAGGUAUCCCUUGAUAGUACAGAGCUGUCAGGUGAAGGAGAAACAAGCAAAGAACCAGAAAGCGGAAAAGAACGAGAACCAGAAAGUGGAAAAGAACCAGAACCACAAAUCGCAAGUCCGCUUGUCCUUUCUCAACCUCCUGCUGAAAAAUGUACAACACAUGACCGUUUAGAAGAAAAAGCCAAAGGAAGGAAAACAUUUCAGUGUAAACACUGUGUUUGCCGGUUUCUAUACAGACAAGGCUUAUGGAGACACACCAAAAAAUCCCACAGUGACGAGUAUGACAAAUCUCAAGCAGGGACCAAAUCUCAAGUGACAGACUCAGAUGAACCUCCCCAUUCUUCCCCUAAAAGUAAGACACAUAACCAUACAAGAGGUGAACCUAAACCAUUGAUCGCGUAUCAUCAAUGUCCUCACUGUGUUUGCCGGUUUCUAUACCGACAAGGCUUGAGGAGACACACCAAAACAUCCCACCGUGACAUGUAUGAAAAAUCUUGUGUGGGGGCCAAACUUGAUCUGAGUGAGGUUUCUUUGGGUCAGGGGAACAGUACCAAAGGGACUGGUCUAUGUUCAGAACCGUCUCAGAUUCCAGUGCUUGAUUCACCUUCCAAAAGAAGAAAGCUUAAACGGACUUCAGGUAAACCUGUAAACAGGGUCCCCUCUGAUGUGACGGACUCAAGUGUACCUCCUAAACCUUCUGUUAAAAGUAAGCCACAUAAAAGAGGUAAAUCUAAACCAUUGAUAGCGUGUCAUCAAUGUCCUCACUGUGUUUGCCGCUUUCUAUACCGACAAGGCUUAUGGAGACAUACGAAACAAAACCACAGUCCCAAAACACCCUCUUGUCGGACACCAACCCAAAAUAAACUUGAGGUCUCUGCUGAUGUCACAGAGGAGUAUGAAGGCUUGGAUAUAAAAACAAAAAUGUCGGUUGAGAAAGGCGCCACAAAAGAGGACACUACAAUACCUUCACAGUCCCCUGUUUCUUCAUCGCCUGAUACACCUUUCUUUGGCGGAGACGAGACGAAGGAAUGUCCUUUAGGUAGAUAUAAAAUGUCAUUGGAUACAGCAGGGUUGCCAGUUGAAGAGGACUUAACUCAGACUGUUCCACACGAUCGUCCUCAACCUUCCCCUAAAAGUAAGCCACAUAAACGCACACAAGGUAAACCUAAACCAUUGAGAAAGUAUCAAUGUCCCCACUGUUUUCACUGGUACCGUUUCCGUCAGAGUUUAUGGAGACAUGUUAAACAAAACCACAAUCCAGUAACACCAUCUUGUCAGACACCAGCCCACAAUAAUUUAGAAGUCCCUUUUGAUGUCGCAGAGCCAAGUGUGGAGAAUAGCAAGAGAGACACUAACACGAGUAGCAAGAGAGACACUGAAACAAGACGUGCGUCACGUACAACUGUUAACAUUCCCACUCCACCACCCAAAAAGAAGACAGGGAAGCGUUCUGCAACUGAACGAGUGAAAAAAAUAUUCCAGUGCCCUCAUUGCGUUCAUUGGUUUCCUUUCAGACAGAGUUUCUGGAGACACCUUAAGAAUAUACACAGCCAGGAACAGUCCUUACCUCAGACAGCAAAGCAGUUUGAGGUAGUGGAUAUAAAUACAGAAGUAUCAACUGAGGAGGGCACCACAACAGAGGACACUACAAUACAUUCACAGUCACAUGUUUCUUUAACGGCUGAUAUACCUCCCUUUGGCAGUAGAGAGACGGAGAAAAGUCCUUUGGAGACAGCAGGGUUGCAGGAUGUAGAAAACUUGAGUCGGACUGUUCCACUUGUUCUUCCCAAACCUUCCCCUAAGGUUAAGCCAAAUAAACAUUCAAAAGGUGUGGAGAAAAGCAAGAGAGACACUAAAACAAGUAGGAAGAGAGACACUAAAAGAAGACGUGCAUCACAUACAACUGCUACAAAUAUCCCCAACCCAACACCUACAAAGAAGACAAGAAAAACUGAGAAACGUUCUGCAACUGAACGAGUGAAAAAAAGAUUCCAGUGCCCUUAUUGCGUUCAUUGGUUUCCUUUCAGACAGAGUUUCUGGAGACAUGUUAAGAAUAUACACAGCCAAGAACGGUCCUUACCUUUGACAACUGCCACAAAGGAGUUUGGGGUUAUUGAUAUAAAAACAGAGACAUCGGGGGAGGAGGACGCCACUAAAGAGGACAUUACAACACAUUCACAGUCUCCUGUUUCUUCAACGCCUGAUACAUGUACACCUUCUGCCGACAAAAUGGAGACAGAGGAAUAUCCUUUAGGUCAAAGCCUGCAACAGUCUGUUUCUCAGGUAUUUGUGAAGCUUGAGCGUUUAGACUUCUUGGAGUCUUGCAAGCUUUCAGAUGAAGAGGCAGACGAGGUACUAUCACCGACCACUGAACCAACUUCCACAGUUCAAUCUUCAGGUAGACCUACAAGCCCUCUACAUUUUGCGUCUCAUGCACUUUUGAAACAUGAGCUCGAUGUCACUGUAGAGAUUACCAAGUUGUCGUGUCAAGAGACAGAUAGGCUGAUGUCAUUGUCCACUAUUCCAAACAUCCCUGCCCAACCUUCCACAAAUCUGAGAAAGACUUGUAAAAGAACAACAAUACAUGUAGGUACAUCUACAGUUUCUGAACAGAUAGCCUCUAGAUAUUUCUCCAAGGCUUCCUCAAACAGGAACAAGUCACCGAAAGUUCAUUGUGUCCCUGUAUCUGUCAAUAAUUCUCAAACUCUGAGCAGAAGAAGGGAGCACAAAGGAUGGAAGCUUCGUCCUUUCUUGUCAAAAAAGAAGAAGAUUUUUAGUCGUACUGAAGGUCAGUGUAAUGUUCAAAUAAUAAAAUGUCCUCAUUGUGAGCAACCCCGUUAUCAACUUUGGUCGAGUUUGUGGAGACAUAUCAAACAAAAACAUGGUAUAACGCUGUCACGUUCUCAAAUGGCCAUCAAACGAGAAUCCACUAAUGAAGGUAAUGACUUGAAGGCAAAAUCAUCAUCCAAUGUCUCUCAUGCUCCUGCUUCGACUUCCCAGCAAAAGGAACAAUCAAAAGGAAAACGUUUCCCCAAACACAAGAGGAGCAAGUAUUUGUGUCCUAAGUGCCCUAACAGUUACUUUCAUCAGCCAAGUUUGUUUAGACACGUCAGUAAAAAGCAUGGUAAAGCAAAGUGUUUCUUAGAUGAAACCUCAGAACAGGGGCCUGAUGUCUCUGUUGAGAUAAUUCAAACAUCGGGAGAGGAGGAGUUCAACAACUCUGCACUAGUCAUAUCACCCAUCCCUACAAUCCCUUCUCUAGAUUCCCACCAAGAAGUAAGGGAAGAUGCUCCCAAGGAAGACAGCUUUUUAACGCAGGAGGAAGUGCCAUUGGAGAUUGCUGAAUUUUCUUGCCAGGGUCAUAGUUCUUAUAUAAGUGUCGUUCCAAUGUCUUCUUCUGGUACAUGGCCACACUGUGAAGUUGCCAAUGGGCUGUCACAGUCGCUCACUAAGGCUACUAUUGAAAGCCUUGACGAUUCCUUGAAAAUGCAAUAACUCACCCAAUUCAGCUACAUGUAUGUGCAACACAAAUUAUAAAAGUUCAUGAGUGCAAUGGUGAGAAUAUUUUCAUGAAUUGAUAUAUUCUAUUUGAAUAUUGAGGCGAAGCAGAAUUGAAUAUAAAACUCCAUCUCAAAACUCAACAAAAAGGAAAUGUUCUCUCUGUGUUUUGCACAAACACUAAACUCUCUUCUUUUUGUUCAAGUAAACUUUUGUUACUUUGAUUGGAUGAUAAAACUGUAAGCAUAAACUGGUAUGGUUUUGCGUGCAAUAGUUACAAAGAUGGGUUAAAACUGCAAUGAAUUAAAGGUGCACAAGCUUUGAUACGGACCGGUUAUAGAUGUUGCUUCUACAAUCCUCAAAUAAAAUGACAAGAAUCAACUUGGAUCAUGGCAUGCAAAGAUUGAAUUACUAAGGCCAAGUUAAGAUUUUUUUUGUGAUUUAAAAAGGAAUAAUGGGCAGAAAUAGAGUUAUACUUUUUUCUUUUACACUGAUUUCAAACAAGCAUGUUCAAGUUUAUUUACAUAAAAAUGAUGUGUAAUACAGCAAUCUCAACUUUUGAAGUAGAUUGCAAUUUUCAGUUCUUGUCAACUGUGAGUGAAAUGUACUUGACUCAGUUCAUUUCUGUGGUUGCUAAAUAUUGGUUUAAUUCUUUCACUCUGCGGGAGUUUGUUUAUUUAUGAUACAUCUCAAGUCGUAAACAUUUUGCAACGUCAAAGUAAUUCCAAGAAAAGUAAUUUCAAACCAUCAACAGCAAAUAUUUAUAGUUUUUUUUAGGCCUAAUCUCAUUUCAUUCACAACAAAUUCAAGGCCUAAAAAUGUUGACUUUAAUACAGUUCCCAUUUGUUUCUCACAUGAUUUUCCUAGGACAAGGGUAACACUACAUGGUGAGCCUCUUGAUCAUAAGAAACCGGCUGAUGUUUAUCAGGCAUACCGUUUAAUUCAUCAAACAUGUAUCAGUUGAUCUGUUUUUGUACUUUGGAAAUUCAUCAUGUCUAUAAUGUACUUUUGCAUAGGCAUACGUAUAUUUGUAUAAUAUUUAUUGCUAGUUUCUUAACGAUUUCAUAGUGGAAAUCGAACUGCUAUAUUUUUUUUUAAAUGAGGACAAUAAGUGAAAUCAAUGUCAAAAUUUGUAAUGAGCUUAGUUAGUAAUCAAGCGAUUGAAACAUGUAAGUUUAGAAUGCAGAAUGGGGUGCAGUGCAACGCCUUAUAAAUAUUAUUUAUUUAUUUAUUUACUUAUAUCGUAGCCUUUUGUCAAGGCCUUCGUGGCUUCGACAGCUUUGUAGAGCUGCGAUCCAUAGCAACUGGAAGGGGAGACCUACAUGUACCAGUCGCUUGGGAUAGCCUCUCUAUGAAGCUGUCUAAGCCAUGACAAAAGUAUAUGCUGGCCAAAGUCGGGCCUGGUAUUUCUUUAUUGUAAGGGUAUAAGGAUAAAUAUUUCAUUGGUAAAGGGUACUUCUAAAUUUGUGCUGAAACAUUUUCAAAGGGCACAAAGGCAAUGUUGAGGGGCAAUGAGGUAAUUGCCUAUUUUUGCCUCUCUCAUUAAACCUGCAUGUCCUGGGUGCCUUUUUGGCUAAAUUAUUAUUAUACACCGUUUUGUAUUAUACAUUUGUUUUAUGUUCCAUAGUAUGGUUUUGAUUUACAUUGAAAGUACAUCAGAAAGAUGAUGAUUGAAGAAUCAGAUUUUGGGAAUCUCUUUUAUUUUGAUUGAUAAAGAUUAUUUGGGGAUCCGCUCCGCAAUCUAGCGUUGGAUGAGCAAGGUAAGCCUGUCAAAUGUUUCCUGACGGGGCACAAUUUCAUAAAGCUGUUUAGCAGAAAAUUCUUUGCCGAGUAAAACAAAACAAACGCAAGUCGUGCACUAGACGCCACAAUUGUAACCUUAAUGUUGGCUGGUAGUCUGUCUUGGCUUUAUGCAAGAACUUCCUGUGCUAGGCAGGUUUUUUUGCUACCAUGAGAUUUGGCCCAGAUCAUUUGAUGAAUUGGAACUUUAGUGGUUGUUACAGUGUAGUAGUUUGAAAUGUAGUGUUAAGUUCAGUUCUCAGAGCAGCACUACCUCAAUAAGAGAUAAAUUACUUGGUGUAACGCUUGUAGCAAUCAACAUUAUUGUAUUAUGCCUUCACCUUGCAAAUCUUCUCAUCUUAAAGAAAAUGGACACUUUUGGUUAUUGUCAAAGACCAGUCUUCUUACUUGGUGUUUCUCAACAUAUGCCUAAAAUAACA